AUGAGUAUCGACGCCAUGCUCGAUAUGGAGCGGCAAGAGGUUCUCGCUCUGCUGGAGCGCAGCAAUGAGGCACCUGCCCCGUCACCCAGGCGGUCAGAUUCGCCGUAUGCCGCGCGUUCUCCUGUUCGGAGCAUGCUGGACAUUGCUGAAGAAGAGGUUCCCUCGAGCAGCACCGCUUCAUCUUCCAACAAAACUACCACUGCCACCCAGGGCCCAGUGAGAAGCAUGCUGGACGUUGAUGCGCCGCCCUCCCCACAGCUGGUCCGCAGCAUGCUCGAUAUUAGCGGCCCUGUGCCGGAAUCUCCUAGGCGGACUGGUAGGAGCUCAACUCCAAGCUCUCCUCUGAUUCCCCCCAGUGAACCCUUCAGACCGCAGCCAUCUUCUGGCUUGGUGCCACAUCCGCGGAGCAGAUCUGAUGCUAGCGUCAAGUUCGCCGAGCCUAGCCGUGGCUCCCGGAACGAUCCGAUUGCCAACUACCAAUUCUCUAGUAUAUUAUCACAUGGCUCGGGUCCUCAAUCAUCGGUAAAAUGGUCGUCCUCGAGGAACAGCAAGCGAGAGAGCGGGGGAUCCCUAGGAGAUGUCCUGAGAGGCUCGGAAGGUGGGCUCCAGCUUCCUACGGAUAGAGGCCGGUCUCCGUUUGGUGGCUCCCGUCUUUUUAACAAUCAGUCCAAGUCGCCCCAGACUCAAAAUCGUCGUUGGGCGAGUAGGUCUCGGUCACCGGCGACGUUCUCUACACCACAGCUGCCCCCAGGCAAAGCCCUUUUGAAAGAUGGCCAAGUUGUUAACCUCAACAAUGCCUACCGGAAAUUGUCAGAUGCGAAUCUCAUUCAGUCUAGCGGAAGCUUGGCGCAACUGCCUAUGCGGAAAAAAUCAGGGGAAGCCGGGGAAGGCAGACUGGUCAAAGACUAUGUUGGGCCGGAUGGCGAGCAGCUUGGUUCGAGUGACGAAGAAGAAGAGGAGUCAUCCGAAGACGAGGACCGAGGGCGCAAGAAGUCUCCUCGCAGCUCUCAACCAGGGGGCCGGCAGGCACUGAGCCUGCUCGCGGCGGCGGAACAAGAACGUUCACAAGUGGCAUCUCAACAAUCUCACUACCAGUACCGCUCCCUGUUUGAGGAACCGGAGAUCAAGGUAACAACUACCACUGGAGACACCACAAAGCCCUCCAAGGCCAAUAGGGGUGUUCAUCCUGUUACCAGCUACGACCAGGGCCCGGCAUCGGCGACACCAUCCGUUAUGGACUCGGAUGAAGAAGCCGACAUGGACGACAUCAAGAGGGCACAAAACCUGUCGUUCACAAUGACCAACGUGCUAGAAACACCAGAAUCUCACCGCGCCAUCCGAAUCAUCUACCGUGGGGAUUACACUAGAAUGGUUCAGGCCGCCGAAGAAGAGAACCACAGGCUGAGGAAAUACCUGGUAGCCACGGACCUCAGCGAUGAAUCAACUCAUGCCCUCGAAUGGGCGAUUGGUACAGUUCUCCGAGACGGCGAUACUUUGGUUGCCAUCUACUGCAUUGACGAGGAAACGGGCAUCGUCGCGGGAGAGGGGUCUCAGGUGCCAGAUGAGUCAAAGGCGAUGAAGGAGCAGGCGGCGGCCAUCAACUUGAUGGCAAACACAAAGCUGGUGCCAGCACAGGUGAACUUGGUCUCUGAGUUUAAGCGCAGCUCUGGCUUUUACCUACGGAGCGAUUCCAACGCUGGCACGCCAAGCGGCUCACCCGCGCCGCUCUAUAGAGGCGACCGCUACAAAGCUGAGCAGGAGCGUAAUCGCGCCGUGCAGGAGAUUACAGAUAAGGUGCUCCGUCUCCUCAGGAAGACUCGGCUCCAAGUCAGGGUCAUUGUAGAAGUCCUGCACUGCAAGAACCCACGGCACCUCGUGACCGAGGUAAUCGACCUUGUCAAUCCCACUCUAGUUGUCAUCGGGAGCCGGGGCCGAAGUGCGCUCAAGGGUGUCAUUCUGGGGUCCUUCUCCAACUAUCUGGUUACCAAGAGCUCGGUGCCCGUCAUGGUUGCACGCAAGAAGCUACGCAAGCAGUCCAAGUACAAGCGAACGCCGGUGAAGCAGGUGAACAACAUCAGCAACCCAACGGCCAGAAGUCUGGCCAACGCCAAAGUAGACUAG